AUGCAGGCUCUUAUAUCAUCUUGGAAAAAUGGAAACACAAUGCCUUUUAUCUUUGAUACUGUGUGGGAUUUGAUAAAGCUAGCUGAAUAUCUUACUCAGAGGAAAGAUAUAGACCCACAAAGGAUAGGAAUCACCGGUAUUUCUCUAGGAGGGAUGCAUGCUUGGUUUGCUGCUGCAGUUGACACCCGCUAUUCAGUAGCUGUUCCUUUGAUUGGUGUUCAGGGAUUCAAAUGGGCAAUAGAGAAUGAUGCGUGGCAGGCAAGAGUCAACAGUAUAAAACCUUUAUUUGAAGAAGCAAAGAUUGAUAUGGGAAAGAGUGAAAUUGACAAAGAAGUGGUUGAGAAGGUGUGGGACAGGAUAGCUCCUGGCCUAGCCUCUAAGUUUGAUGCGCCUUACUCUUUACCAGUGAUUGAUCCACGCCCUCUUUACCUCCUUAACGGCGCUGAAGAUCCUCGCUGUCCUCUUGGUGGACUAGUUAUUCCAGCAAAGAGAGCUAAGACGGCGUACAAGAAAGCUAUGUCUCCUGGAAACUUCAAGUUUGUAGCAGAAGAUGGAGUUGGACACCAAGUGACGAGUUUCAUGAUCAAAGAAUCAUCAGAUUGGUUUGACAAGUUCCUUAAACAAGGAAACGUGACUUCUAAGUUAUAA